GUUUUAGAAUCAACUUUUUGUUUUUAUAAAGGAAUAUUUUUUAUGUGCGGAUCGGUGCAACCCUGCACAUUGUUUGGAUCAAAACACUAUUAUCACUGCAUUCGCAUUUCACCCACCACCCACCUAUUGGUGCACCGACACUUUGGGAGAGAGUGAGAAGGCGGCACACGCUCCCAGCUCCCAGCCACCUGCUGAUAUCAAAAGCAAAAGUUUGCAAACAUCGCCACUCUCGGCCGCAAUAAGCAUUUGAUAGUCAGUCAGUCAAGUUUCGUUGACAUUGAACUGAAGCAAUGAGUGGAAGGCGCACAGUGAUUAUCUUCAAAUCCGAAUCGGAGAGUAGUGACCGGUACGCGGAGGAAUUGCAUGCCAAUGGCUUCAAUCCGAUAUUCGUGCCAACACUCAGUUUCGGUUUCAAGAAUUUGGAACAAUUGCGAGGCAAAUUGCAAACGCCCGACAACUUCGCUGGCAUCAUUUUCACCAGCCCGCGCUGCGUCGAAGCCGUUUGUGAAGCAUUGCAGUUUGCCGAACUGCAUGGCGGUUGGAAACUAUUGCAUAAUUAUGCAGUUGGCGAGGUCACACACAAUUUGGCACUGUCGUCGCUGCAACAACUAUUCACGCAUGGCAAGCAAACAGGUAAUGCCCGCAAUCUGGGCGAUUACAUAGUGGACACGUUCGACGGUUCGCGCAACUUGCCGUUGCUGCUGCCUUGCGGAAAUCUUCGCACUGAUUUGCUGCUCUCGAAGUUGGUGGAAAACGGUUUUCAGGUGGACGCAUGUGAAGUGUACGAGACAGUUUGUCACCCGGCGUUGGCCGAGAAUAUGGAACGCGCCUUACAGGCCGACAACAUCGAGUACUUUGCCUUCUUCUCGCCAUCGGGCGUGAAUUGCGUGCAUGAAUACUGCAAAGCUCACAAUGUGAAUAUGGACAAAUGGAAGUUGGUGGCAAUAGGACCAAGCACGCGUUUGGCUAUGGAGGAGCGUGGUCUGCAAGUGUUUCAAACAGCCGAGCGACCUUCGGUGGAAUACCUCAUCAAGGUUUUAUUGAAUCCGAGUGUUGGGCGGCCAAAGCCGACUGGUGAAAUAAAAGCGGAAGACUAGUAAAUUGUUGUUGAGUGGUGGGAGUGAUUCCCAGCUGUUUGAAGUUUUUCCUUUUAUCUAAUUAACUGUUAAACGCCGUACAAAGGGUGGCCUUAUCGAAUAUUUAUAAUGUUUGUGAUCGAAUGUAUUGUAAAUACAUAUAUACACGUUUUUAUUUACAUACUUAUGUAUAUAUGCACAUUCAUUCGUUUAAUUGCAGUGAAAACAAAUAAUUGUUAUUGUAAUAAAUGCAUCUAAUAUACAAGUAGAUACGGUGCAUACAUAUGUAUGUAAGCAAUUUUAUAAGAAAACGUUCAAAUUGAUCGGCAUAUUUUUAAAUUUUUUCUAUUAUUAAGCACAUGAAAGUCAGCUAAAGCGCUGUAAAUAAGCAUAGAGGCAAGAUAUGUGCAACUUGCACUUUCGAUGAAAUUACACAUGCAUUGGUGAUGUACACAUAUUGUUGGUACAUAUGUAGUUCUCUCAAGAAGUGAUCUAAUAAAAUACACAAUUUUUUUCUUUGUUCAAUUUCCGAGUUUUUAUUUAUUUUCUCCUUACAUAUAAAUAUAUCAAUAAAUAUAUUGUAAGAGCUCACUUUAGACCGUCUUCACUCGUAUGCACAUACCACACACACACACAUGUGGAUCCGAAAUAAAUAAUUAUUUUUCGUCUAUUCAAACAGUUGUGUCUCAUAUAAAUUAUCUAUUAUUCACAAGUGCUACAGAUACUUAAACGUAAUUUAAUUGGAUUUAACGUUUGUGUAAAAGUAACGGAACUCGUAGGCGUUGCAUUUUCGUAAACAAAUUCGGUACAAAAAUACAGUUGAUGUAAUAUACGCUAAUUUGAUUUCAUGGCAAAUAUAUGAAGGUAUUCAAUCUUGGCGAGUAUGUAAACAGUGUAAAUAUUCCAGCUGAAAAUAAAAAGUUUACAAGCUUAUCGAAAAACGGGCAGGUGGAUGGUGUGAAUAAAUCAACAAUUUUGUUGGUGUCAAGCAAUACCGCCUAAAUAGUUCUAGGGAAUGCCACUGAGGUUAUUUCUAUUACAUAUGUAGGUCCAGCUCUUAUAGAAGAACUAUUUGAGUUACAUCUAUAGGUUAUUAAUGUUGAUGAUUCACAAUAAAAAAUCCCAACAAUUCACGCGGCCUUUGGACUCCUGUUCACAUUUGUUCCGUUUCAUGGAGCUGAAUGUGAACUUGUAGGUAAUAGAAAACUAGAAAUUAAAAGAUCAGAUUUCAUAUCAAAAUCAAUAUUGUUUUAUUUAUAAAUCAUCCAUUUGACUUUUUAUUGUUCCAUUAAAACCAUUUUAUUUUUUACAUUUAAGAAUAUUCAUUUCAUCGCAUUUCUAUAUUUAUAUGUAUGUAUACAAAACUUGAACUUCACUCUGCACGAAGAACCAAAUGACUUGUUGCUAAGUUUCAAAAGUUUAGUGUUGAUUAGUUAAUUAAUUCAGCAAUUUUUUGCAUUUUGUAUUGGCCUACCAAGUGGUUGAGAAUUCAGUACAUUCAUCUUCUCUACAGUUGUAAUACUUUAUCUUCAAAAACAAAAAAAAAAAUAAAACCUUAGCUAUAACCUAGUGGAAUUAAACAUGCUUUUAAUUGCAAAACACGAAAAAACAUAUAAUUAGUUGGGAGAAAGUGGUAACGAUAAGACAGCUGUAACAAGUUGCAUUCAGAGUCGGUCCGUGUUGUGUGUUAUUGCGACGUCAAGUCAAUCCCAUUGGCGCAAAUCCUUAGCAUAAUACUCAAUCCUCCCACUAUAACAAAGGUGCAGUUAUGAAUUCUUUCAUUCAAUCCAUUGGUGGUGGUGUUUAUUACGCUUAGAACAAAUGCAAAAAAAGGUUGUGUCUCUAAUUUCAGUAGACUCGUGACUUAAAGUAAAUAUUAUUGUAGUUUGUUAGUUAGUGUAGGCUUUUGGAAACCCCAUUUCCCUUUUGCUCAAAACUUGAAGUUCUUGCGUCAUUUACGUUCAUCUUUCAACCUCUUCUUCUUCUUCUAAUAAUACAAUGUUUUAUUUUUAUUUUAUUAUAUUAUGUAUAAUAUAAUUAUUUUUGCCAAUGAAUAAUAACAAUUUUUUAAUGUAAAUGGAUUCCCGUUGCGUUGCUCUUUUCUGCUUGCUUGAAUGAUUACGACUUCCAUUUAUAUUUAUCCUUUCAAAUUAAUAGUACUGUUAUUUAAUAAUAAUGUGUAAUAAUUAUAUAUAUAGAACAACUAUACCUUAAAUUAUCUUUUAUAUCAUUUAAAAGUUUUUCUCAAAAAAACAAAAAAAAAAUACAAUUUAUAUAUAUCUGUAUUGUGUAUAUAUAUAAAGUUGGUACUCAAUAAUAAAAUAAUUAAGACGGAACGAUUCAGAAAAUGCGUGGAUCUACGUUUCUCAUUUUGGCGAUUGUGUGUAUGUGGCUAAAAAGGAGAAAAACAAUUGACAUUUUAGUAUCGCGCGGGAAAGUUGGUUUUCAAUUUCAGAUUUCAAAAUUACUCUUUUCUUUUAUUUUCGCAAACUUUCAGUUUUAGUUUAAAUACUUAGAAGCUUUUAAAUAAAUGCCAAAAGCACAGGAAUAUUUGUAAAUUAAAUUUAAAAAGAAUGAACAAAAGGCAGAAAACAAAGUAAAUGUAAACGAUUUCACAAUGAAAUCGCUAACUUUUAGGAGGAACAGCAUUUCUUCUGUUUUUGUUUUUUUUCUUGUUUGCCAUUAGAUUUAUGUACUUUUAUUCAAAAAGGAAAGAAAAUGCAUUUGAUUGUUUCUACGAAUUUGAAUUGUAAGCGUUUUUUUCAUUUUUCAUUAUCAUUUUUGUUUUUGUUUUAUGUUCUUCUUUAGGGUAUUUUAUCUACUUUGCGACAUCGAAGACUUUAUCUUAUCAAAAGUGUAUCAAAUUUCAAUUCUUAAUUCGUAAAUAGUAAUGCUUUCAUUUAAAUAAUGAUCGACUUGCAUACGGCCGAUCGAACGGAGGUGUGUUUUUCGUUAGUUGGUUGAUUGCUUGCUGGGAAUUGUUGUUGUUGUUUUUAUUGUUGAAAUAGCCGCUGCUGUUGAUCUUGUUGUUCUAUACAAAGGACUGGCUGGACAUCAUAGUACCAUACCAGUCAUCCUCGGCCAGUGCGCACCAAGCUCCCACUCACCAAUUUACA